AUGGAUUCAAGUACUGAGCUGCUGAUGGCUUGUGGGAACAAGCUGGUUGCUCCAAAGCUGCACAGCGGUCAAGAACUUAGUGGCCUUAUGYUGCACAAAAUCUUUAAGUCCAAGGCUGUGUAUGUGAGGCCAUCAGACGAUCUCGCAUGCAAGUUGGACAACACAGACUCCGAGGACAGUGAUAUGGAGCUGGGUGAACAUGACAAUAGGUCCGCAUCCAAUGACCUCAGUAUGGCUACAAGAGGAAGGAACAGCAGAAGCCACAGGCCUGUUUGUGUCUCAACAAGGGCUAGAGCCAACCAGCCCCCACCACAAGUGCCCAGUGCCCAGCCCCCACCACAAGUGCCUAUUGACUUAGAAAGUGAAAACUCAGUGAGCCAGUCAGCACUCGUCAGACACAACUAUGACACCUACCUCUCAAUCACGGGAGCCAUGCCAGACCUGUCCUCUGAUGAGGAAGUUAACAAGGCUAUAUUGGCUAGUCUUGAGAGUCAUCCGAUGACUGAACGUGACACAUCUGCGCAGGAGGUGCUCCUCGGCCUUGCCUCCAAAAUGAAUAGUCAUCAAAAAUGCAGGUUUAACAUAAACCGUUCCGCUGUGCUUGAUGGUGCUAUAAGAGGUUUCAAGAGACUGUCCUACAAUCCGACCUUCCAGAUGAGUAUCAAAUUCUCCGAUGACUUGGGGRUGGAUGAGGAGGCUGUUGACCUUGGUGGCCCUAGGAGAAAGUUCUUGCGUCUGCUGAUGGAGGCCCUGGCAUGCUCACAGAUGUUCGAGGGAAGGGAAGGAAAAGCCAACUUGGCUUUGGAAAGUUCAGCUUUAUGGGAGGAUAAGUAUUUUUCCGCGGGCCAGGCCAUUGCGGUGAGCCUAGUUCAUGGCGGGCCUGCUCCUGGGUUCUUUUCCUCUUCAUUGUAUGCCUCCUUGACCGGAAGAUCGGCCAAGCCUGAGAUGGAGGAGAUUGCCGAUUCUGACCUUUAUGCCAAGGUCAAAAAGGUGUCAGAAUGUACAUCUUUUGAUGAACUGCAACAGGCAACAGAACCACUUACAGAUUAUCUGGCAAAUGCUGGGUGUCUAAGGUCCUUGAAACGCCUAGAGGACAAAGACCUCUUGGUGGAGGAUAUCAUCAUGUUUCAGGUGGUCCAUCGCGUCAGUGGAGCAUUUGAAAGUGUAGGGUAA